AUCAUCUUCAUCAUGCCUGAACCAGCGAAGUCUGCUCCUAAGAAGGGCUCCAAGAAGGCCGUCACUAAGACCGCCGCUAAAGGAGGAAAGAAGCGCAGAAAGACCAGGAAGGAGAGCUACGCUAUCUACGUGUACAAAGUGCUGAAGCAGGUUCAUCCUGACACCGGGAUCUCUUCUAAGGCGAUGGGGAUCAUGAACUCUUUCGUCAACGACAUCUUCGAGCGCAUCGCCGGUGAAUCGUCUCGUCUCGCUCACUACAACAAGCGCUCCACCAUCACAUCGAGAGAGAUCCAGACCGCCGUGCGUCUGCUGCUGCCCGGAGAGCUGGCAAAACACGCCGUGUCUGAGGGCACCAAGGCCGUCACCAAGUACACCAGCUCCAAGUAGAGCUCCGCUCCAGUCCCGAGACUCAAAGGCUCUUUUAAGAGCCACCCAUCUUAUCACUUAAAGAGUUUUUGUAGUUUUUAACCGUCUCAGUUGAUGCAAUAUUUCUACUCAAAUUCAAUGUUCUUUUGAAAUUUGCCCCUGACCAGAGAUUUUUAUCCCCCGCUUUUUUUUGUCAGUGAAAGAUAGUGUUUGUUUGCUCUGAAGUACAGUCAUGUUUGUUUUCUAAGGAUUAUGAUUUCCAGCCUAACUGACAACUGUGAAUUAGGUCAGCAUGCAAGACUGAUACAAAGUCUUAAUCAGCACUAUGAUCUGUAAAGAAAUGGUUCAUGUGGCUUCAGUGUAAAAUGUUUUCUAAGCAUAAUCCUUUACAGCAUGGAGUUGCCAUGUGACAAUUUUUAAUUGUCUUGUCAUUCUGGGGAAAAAGAGGGCAAAAAAAAAAACAUUCUGCCAAGGGUCACUGACCAUGUUAUGAACAAAAUCUUUGCUCUUAUUAUUGUUGCUGCUGUUGUUUUUGUUUUACUGUUAGAAGUCACAAGAUAUUUAUUUUACCAGGUUAAAUGUUGAUUAGCAGUGUUGGGAAGUAACUGGUUACAUGUAACUAAAUGAUAUAAUUAUAAAAUGCAGUUGUAAUCAGUUAAAGUUACUGAGAAAAAAAUGUGUAACUAAAUUAGUUACUUUUAAAUUAGUUAGCAUAUGAAAAUGUUAAUGAUUACAAAGAGGGUUAGAUCUGAUUUAUCUUUUCAACCACAUACCGAUUUAAUUACUUUGUGUCAUAAAUUGCAGUGACUGCUUUAAUAUAAGGGACACCAAUGUUUCAGGAGUUUAGGACACAUGUUUAUUUGAUAACUAUUAUUUCCUAUUUGGGUUUAUGUAGUCUGUUUUUUUUUUUUAAGAUUUUGUUUUCCAAGUCAUCGUUAGAUGCCAGUGUUUCCGGUCAUAUCUAUGCAAAUAUUUGAUUUAGAAGAAAAAAGUGUCAUUGCUAUUCAAAUAUUUCUCAUGUUUUAAAUAUGUAUUUAACCUCAGAAUGAUCUCAAAGAGGUGCUAAAGUCUGAUUUUGUGGUGACUAUCCCUUAAUUAAGAUUAUAAUAAUUUAAAUUUAAACACAAACGAUUUUGAAAGUGACAGUAAUCAGUGUUGAGUUCUGCUGUAAGGUUAACUCUGCCUGCUUUAAAUGUUUCAAAAUGAUUAACAGUUGAAAACAUUAGAAAUUUAGAAAAGUAAUUGAUAGUUACACUACUUAUUACAUUUUAGGGUAACUUGUAAUCUGUAACCUAUUACAUUUCUAAAGUAACCUUCCCAACACUGAUUAUCACUCAAACCUCUUUACCUGAACCUCUGUCAGUUGCCAUGUUUGUAGUUUUUUUUUUUUUUAAUGCAUUUAUUUUGUGUUUGUAGUUUUGAACCAGAUCCUUUGCCAAAGAGCAAUGGAUUGAGGACAAUAUUAACCAUUUGAGUGUGCACGGAUCCACACUUCAAAAAUCGACCUGUAAUAGACUUUUGGCAUACUCUUCUCAACAUACUAUGCUUUGGGACACACUUAUUCUAAUCUCACAUACUAUUUAGGAUGGAUAGUAUGAACAUGCAGGGUGUGACAGUGAUAAUCUCAGGUAAUGAUUAUAUACUUUAUUCAAAGUUACAAGUGUCUAAUGUGAGUCUGAAUAUUAUUUUGCAUGAGAUAUUAA